AUGCCAUUGCUGAAUCAAACAGAUCUGACCCCAGCUUCAUUCAUUCUCAAUGGGAUCCCAGGCCUGGAGGACAGGCACAUCUGGAUUUCCUUCCCAUUCUGUUCCAUGUAUGUUGUGGCUGUGGUUGGGAAUUGUGGACUCCUCUACCUCAUCUGCUAUGAUGACUCUCUGCACAGGUCCAUGUACUACUUCUUGGCUAUGCUUUCUCUAACUGACCUUGUCAUGUGCUCAAGCACAAUCCCUAAAGCCCUCUGCAUCUUCUGGUUUCACCUCAAGGAAAUUGGAUUUGAUGAAUGCCUGGUCCAGAUGUUCUUCAUCCAUACCUUCACAGGAAUGGAGUCUGGGGUGCUCAUGCUUAUGGCCCUGGACCGCUAUGUGGCCAUCUGCUACCCUCUGCGCUACUCAGCCAUCCUCACCAAUGCUGUCGUUGCAAAGGCCAGGCUUGCUACUUUCUUGAGAGCAGUGCUGCUCAUCAUUCCCUUGAUUUUCAUCACCAAGCAAUUACCCUAUUGCAGAGGCAACAUGAUACACCAUACUUACUGUGAUCAGCUAUCUGUAGCCAAGCUAUCCUGUGGAAAUAUCAAGGCCAAUAUUAUCUAUGGUCUGAUGGUUGCCUUCUUGAUUGGGGGCUUUGACAUCUUGUGCAUCACAGUCUCCUACACCAUGAUCCUCCAGGCGGUGGUCAGCCUCUCCUCAGCAGAUGCUCGGCAAAAGGCCUUUAGCACCUGCACCGCCCACAUCUGUGCCAUUGUUUUUUCCUACAGUCCUGCCUUCUUCUGUUUCUUUUUUAACCGUUUUGGAGGCCACACAAUCCCUCCAUCUUGCCACAUUAUUGUGGCCAAUAUUUAUCUGCUUUUGCCUCCCACCAUGAACCCUAUUGUCUAUGGGGUAAAAACAAAGCAGAUACGAGACUGUGUCAUGAAGAUCCUUUCAGGUUCUAAGGAGAUCAAAUCCCAGAGUGUAUGA